GACCUAAAUUGCUCUAACAUAGGAAAAAACCAAAAUGUCUGAUCGUCGAGUCACGCGGUCUAUGACUGCGGGCUCCAACAACAACGAGCCCAACGGGAACUCCACCAGCAAUGCCAGCAAUGCCAGCGGGAACAAUGGUAGUUCUGUGUCCAAUGCCAACGGACGCAUAGCUACCAACGGCCGUCCGAGAGGUCGUCCUAAUGCGGCGGCUGCAGCGGCAACGGCAGCGGCAACAACGGCGGCGGCGGCCACUGCUCCUACGCAGUUGAGCGCCAGACACGCCGCGCCAAACGUCAUCACGCGCAGCACUUCUGCAGCAACAAAUCCGAAUGCGCCUACUGCACCAGUGAGAUACACGCCAGUGACGGCGGUGCGGAAUAUUCCUGGAUAUCCUACCAGAAAUGUCCCCCUUCCGGCUGGCCUCUCUGAUAAUGAUAUCUUUAACAAUUGGAAGAAUCACCUUUAUGGUGACGUGCUCUUGGAUCUGCAUACCAGGCAUAGCGCGGAUCAGAUUGCGAAUUUGAUUGGACAUGGUACCUCACUUCAUGCCAUUUACAGUCGCAUCUCCCGAGCUCGACAGUCAGCAAGGUCGUAUGGCACGGUUACUGUAGCGCGGCGACAGGCGACCAACCUGUACAAUGCCGAUAUCUAUGGAUUUCCGGAUGGCCACACCAUUCUGCCUCCUGGGCUGAGCAUCGACCAAAUCCUGGACGGGUAUUUCAACCAUGUUCGGGGGCCUUUGCUUUUGCAGAUUUUGCAGCACCGCUCUGAAGCGGAGAUUGCACACAGAGUGGGACGGGGAAUGACCCCUACCACUAUCCAAAUGAGAGCACGGGACGCGCAAGCAGAACCUCCUGUUCCAGAAGCACUUCUGUAUCAAUUUGCGCCGCCACAGAUUAAUCCUUCUUCAACGGGUCCGUCCGCGUAUGGGGCUAUUUUAGCCAAUGCUGCGGCGCAACCCACCUCCAGCACUCCCAUUGGUCCGCUCAGCUCCGCCUCGAAUGCGUCACGUAACGUGGGAGGAGCGACUUGGAAUUCGUAUCCCGCCCGAAACGUGCCGCUCCCUGCGGGGCUCUCGGCGGAAGACAUUGUCGUUCAGUAUCCGAACCAUCUCCAUGGCGAAGUACUGAUGGCGGUGUUUCAAGCUAUAGGAUUGGAGGAAAUUGUCCGUCUCAGUCCCCUUGGGGUGAAGUAUCAUACUCUACGUGUGAGACUCACUCGUGCGGGGUACGUGAGUUCACACCCAAAUUCAACACGAAAUGCCCGAGGGCAAUUUGCACGUGGAGAAAGCGAGGUGGCGGAAGAUCAGCGCACUAACGAGACAAUGCAGGAAGAAGCGCAGGAAGAAGCGCCGGCAGACAUUUCGGGAGAGAUGCCAGAGGGCAUGGACGUGGAUGACUUCCACCUCAUGACUGCUCUCACGCAGUUCAACAACCCACAGACGCAGACGUAUCCCCCUCUUCCGGAAUUGCCUCCGGUCGAGGCUGCCGAGGUUGAUGUUUUAGCCGAGCUGGAAUCUCGCUGGUUCGGAGAACCCAUGGACUUGGACGACAGCGAGCAGCUUCAGGAGACCCUAUUUGAGGAUGAAAGCCAAGAGCCGGAAUAUUCAGAGUGGUUAGACAUGGAUCAGCUCGAAGAGCAUGGCUUGGGGUCAAUGGUCAAGGAGGCCAAGGGAAAAGAAUUUCCAUGCAUACUGACUGAACAGGAUGCCUUUGUUUCCUCGCGACGCGACGAGAUGGACGAUUUGCGAAGACUGUUGGUGGGGUGGUUAUGCGAGCCAGAGACAGCGUUGGUUUAA